AUGCGUUUGUGCGACUUUAUAAUCCAUCUCUACGUUCUUCGAAAACCAAAUUGCAACCAUUUUUCAGAAUACUUUCUCAUAUCCGUAGAAAUGGCGCCUGUCCGAAGAUCAGCCCGCAAUUCGAAAACACGGACUAACUCCCCGAAAAAGCAAAACAGUUUGCUGAUAGGCGCAAAGAGGCGAGCUAACAGAAAGAACAAAUUCACUUCUUCAAAAGAUGAGGUUAUACGAGAAAAGUCGCCGACGUUGGAGCUAAACUCAUCUCCAAUCAAGCAAAGUGAUGGUCUACAGGUUGCAACUCCCACCAAGCAGAAACACGUUCUUAAAAAGAGCAAGAGUGUCUUGUUUUCGGAUGAUUUGGUUUCAGACUCACCUAGCACACCAGAGAGAUUCAAUUCACCAAUCCGUUCCAUAUUAAAGCCCAGUAACGAAAAUACCUUGAAUGGUGCUUCAGAUCCAAACAACACUUCAUUUUGGGAUGAUUCAAACCAAGCAAAGCCAAAUAACCCCAAAAGUUUUGAAUUUUGGCUACCAGGAACAAUUAUUCAGCUACCGUCGGGUUCUGAGAGAUUACCAAUACUCGUGGAAGGAUGCAUGUCGGUUUUGAGUGAUGAAAUGUUUGAAAGGAGGUUUGAGGUAUAUGCAACGUUAAAUAGCAUAUUCAAAUCUAACCUACCCACCACAUUAAUUAAACUAUUUGUGAAUUUGGGAGACGGUAGUGAUAUCGAGAAUAAGCAGCAAAGAACGCUUCCGAUCGUGAGCCAAAUUAUCAAAGACAUCGAUAAGAUUAAAGGGGAAAUAUUCAACGCAGAACUUGAUAAGGAGAAUGUUUCACCAGCCAAGGGUGACCCUUUUAAGAUUCGCAUUGUGACACAAGCUUUAAGGCUUCUUUGCCUUUUCGUGUCAAGUACCGAGUUAAAUGACUGCGUAUCAAAUGAAGAUAUGUACUGGAUUUAUGAUCAUUCAUGUAUGAUGCUUUCCAACCCAAACAUAUCCAAAACACUUGUGUCUCCUUACUUGUCCAUAAUCAAGGAUUGCAAGUUGAGUCCAAGCCGCAAACGCGAUUUAUUUGGCAAUUACAAAAUUCUUGAAAAAAUAUUAUUUGCAAUCCUCAACGUGAAUAGCUUUCCAAGCUCAUCUUUGGUGACAGAAAGGCUUUCUUGUUUGAAGAAUUACAUUUCAAAUUUUCCCGAUUUUAUGUCUAAAAACAUUGGCCAUUGGUUUGAACCGUUGCUUUUGAACUUGUGUAACAUGAUCCAUCCGGUGUACAUGAAAUGCCUUGGUAUUGGUGUGCAUUGCUUGUUAGAAGCGGCGAAGUGCUUCUUAGAUUGUCGCCCUAUCCACAUGUAUGUUUUGAAUAAAUUAUCGUCGCAAAUAACUGAUGAAGUUAAAUCUUUUACAUCAGAUCAAGAAUUUUCGGGGUACUUGAAUCAGCUUCGAUUACAAAAUGUGAGGUUAAGUGAAUUCGUUGUUUGCAAGUUGGAAGAGUUGAUAGGUGCGGAUCAACAAAAGUUAGCCAUGGACAUGUGGAUGGGGUUGACUCUUUUGGCAGGCCAGGACACUUUCGAUAGAUGGACUGAUUUGAAUUUAUGGAUCAAGGUACCAAAUUGUUGCUUCAGUCUGGGUCCCCAAGCAACUUCUAUUGCUUUGUCUUGUUGGAGAGCUGUUUGUUUCAACUUAUGCAAGAACGGUUUAGAUGGGUUUCGCAAAUGUAUUGACUGCGUUCAAGCACAUGCUUCUGAAGAAGAUAGCCUGGUGGCUGCAACCCACGCAUUGAAGUCAAAGGUAAAGGUCUUAACGCAUGUUUUCAAUAGCUUUCCUUUGGUGGAUUUAUCAAAAGAUGUAGUCGACUCGCUUCACAAUAUUUUCUUAAUCAACAUAUAUGUGAUUCUUGGACCGACUAUUUUACAGCUGUGGGCCAAAUAUUUGCCCUCACUAUGGGAUAGGAUCAUUCAACCAAUACUCAGCAAAUUUUACCUCAAAAAGGAGGCGGGCCCAUAUGCAAACCAAUUGGGUUGGGAAGUUUUGAACACGAUUCUCAGAGUUUCAAUGCCUCAUCCAGAGAAGGAUUUUAACGAAGUUCGAAUACUAUCUAAUGAUCCCAUCAACUUGACCCAAAUCAACCCCACUCCAGCGAGGUACGUUCACACACACUUUGACAAAGUGAUGCAAAAUAUAAUUAUGUUAUUGCUGUUGGACUCAAUCAAAUUUGAACAAAAAUUGAGCCUUUUCACUGCAUUUUUGAACAAAAUAAAGCCACUUGUAAAGAAAGAGCGAAAACCAUCAGCCGCAACCUAUGACUUCGUCGAUAACCUCCCAUUGUUGUUGAAAAAAUUAUUGGAAAACCGACUUGUGAGUUCAGAGGCUCUUGUAAGGGUUAUUGUUGUCAUGCAUGACUCAUUCAACCCCUCUUUAUUGAUUAGUCGUGAUCUUGGAUGUGAGAAGAAUGAUAGUAAUAUUAAUGUAUACAUGCCAGUCAUUGAAAUUUCAAUUACAUUACCAUUCGAGGGAAGAAGCGCAGUAUUGAAACUAAUUUUACAAUCAUUGAAUCAAACCAAUGCUUUAAUUCUCAUCACCGAUGUUCUUCAGUUAACUACCAUCCCCAACGACACGAUCCAAAUUUUUACUGACUUUUUAAACAAAUCGAACAUUGUUAUGAGCACAAUUGAUUUGCAAUUCUAUGGCAUAAUUUGUAAGUAUGUCAGUUGUAAUUAUGAAGUAUUCGUGAAGAAGGUCAUCCAGUCAAUCGUAUCCAUUCCUAAUUCAGAAGAAAUAUGCAGAUGCUUGUCCUUGUUACAUAUCGACGAAUGGAACACAAACGUCUCUGAUUAUGUACUACUAUUAUUGCGAAAUGCACCUUCAAAGUCAAUCCACCACUUUGUCGCAGGGAUUAUAUCAAGGCGUCUUGAGACCUCAUUGGUGCAAAUAUUGGGAUUUGUAACGAAGAACGAUUUUGCUAGUGAGAUGUUUUUGAUUAGUGGGAAUCUAUUUGAUAUGAUAUUGAAGGACAGAUUGGUGCUAUCUGAAUGCUGCUUUCUACUAGAGCAAUACCUCAGGCUCAAGUGCCUGCAAGGGGGAAAUGAUUAUAUGCUUAUUGAUAUUUUGGGUGCCGGUUGCAGCAAAUAUCUACGCAUGGACAUUACUUUCAUGAAGGAGUUAGUGGACUUUUCCCACUUGCCACUAUGCAGCAGGGAAGUGCAAAUACGAAAAACAGGUUUAUCCACUGCCGUGCUUUCUGACUCUACUAUUCUGACUUGCGAACAAGGAAAUUCAAAUGAGAUUUCUUCCCUGACCGGUAUCAUCGACACCAAAGAACAAUCCUCUAGUGUGGUUGAAUCUCCCCAUCUGUCUGUUCUGGAAGAGUUUGUUAGUAGCUAUAGCAACGAAGGCAAGGAAAGAUUACAAACAAGUGAGUUUGUUGGAAAUGUUGAAGGAACUGGUGUUCUUGGGGAAAAAAAUGUAGGGAACAGCAUGGCCAUCGAAAACUAUAUUGAUGGAGAAAAGAAUAUGGUCCUUGGCAGCCAGAGUCAAUCAAAUGAACUCCAGUUAGCUGACCUGACUUUCGACCAAAACAUGCACAACGGAAUAAAUGAGACAAACGAUGAACAAGUACCAUUAAUGGAUGCGGUUCCAGCAAAAGUUAACGAAGCAGGUCCAGCAUCGCUAUUGACGGCUGUGGAUUUACUGAGGCUACUUAUUGAAAAAUCAGAUCAGGAAUUGAAUAUGUUCAGUCCGGAACAAAAGUACGAAAUGGAAUCCAACUUGCUACAGUUUAUGGUCAAAUUACGGCAGUUGCAAUAG